CAAAGCUCGCUCGCUGUCUAGUCUCUCAUCAACAUGCAUGACCUGCUAGUGCUAGCCCCCCGGUGCCUUAUUGGCCUGGCCACGCUGCUGGAUUCUACAGCAUAUAUACAUGCACUGGGUGUAGCUGUGCUCAGGGCUCAGGCAGCUCAAGCUAUAUACGCGGUGCGGUGCGGUGCGGCAUUCUUCUUCUUCUUCUUCUUCUUCUUCCCCAAUAACAUAUAUAGGAUCGAUCGAUCCAGUCGGUCGGUCGGUCCACACAGCUCUGCUCUGCUGCUUCACUUCACUUCACUUCACUUCACUUCCUUCUCCUCUCCUCUCCUCUCCUCUCCAGUGGUUGCAGCAGUGUCUUCAAUUCAUAGAGGCGCGCGGCGCGACCAUCUAUCUAUUUUAUUAUAUAUACAUCGAUCGAUCGACCGGCCGGCCGGUGAGCAACCAAAGCAAAGGCGGCAAGAAGAAAUGUGGCCCGUCGUGUUGGUGGUGGUGCUCAUCUUGUUCGGCGGCCCCGUUACCAGUGCAUCAUCAGCCGCAGGUGGUGGCAACAACAACGCCACGAGAGCAGCAGGCAACAAUGGUGGUGGCAAUAAGCCGCAGCACCAGAAGAAGCCGCUGGCGCCUGCGCUGAUCGUUUUCGGCGACUCCAUCGUGGACCCCGGCAACAACAACGACAUCCGCACCAUCGUGAAGGCCAACUUCCCGCCCUACGGCAACGACUUCCAGAACCACCGACCCACGGGCAGGUUCUGCAACGGCAGGAUACCCACCGACUUCAUCGCCUCCCGCCUGGGCAUCAAGGACCUGCUGCCGCCCUACCUCUCCGCUCAGCCGCUCGACAAGCACGACCUCCUCACCGGCGUCAGCUUCGCGUCCGGCGGCACCGGCUUCGACCCGCUCACCCCGCAGCUUGCCUCCGUCAUCUCGCUCCCCGACCAGCUCACCAUGUUCCACGACUACCUGGCCAAGGUGCGCGACGCCGCCGGUGUCGGUGAUGGUGAUGCCAGGGUCUCCGACAUCCUGUCCCGGGGCGUCUUCGCCAUCUGCGCCGGAAGCGACGACGUGGCCAACACCUACUUCACCAUGCGCGCCCGCAGCAACUACGACCACGCCUCCUACGCCGACCUCCUGGUGCACCACGCCACGGCCUUCGUCGAGAACCUCAUCCGCGCAGGGGCGCGCCGCGUCGCCUUCAUCGGCAUCCCGCCCAUCGGCUGCGUCCCGUCGCAGCGCACCAUGUCCGGCGGCCUCGACCGCGGCUGCUCCCAGGGACACAACGAGGUCGCCGUCGCCUACAACGCCGGCAUGGUGCAGCAGCUGGCGGCGCUAAGGGCAAAGUACCCCGGCACGCGGCUCGUCUUCAUGGACAUCUACGGAUUCCUCUACGACAUGAUGAUGCACCCGCAGAGCUACGGAUUCACCCAGUCCACCAGGGGAUGCUGCGGCACCGGCCUUCUCGAGGUCUCCGUCCUCUGCAACGCCGUCACCUCCGCCGUCUGCCAGGACGUCGGCGACUACCUCUUCUGGGACAGCUACCACCCCACGGAGAAGGCCUACAAGGUCCUCGCCGACUUCGUCUUCGACAACUACGUCAAGCUCAUCCUCGUCUGAUUAUUCGAUCGAUUGAUGAUCGAUGAUAUAUGAUGAAUAUAGAUCUCCGGCCGGCCUCUCUGGAUCGGAAUAUGCUUUGCAUUAAUUGCAUGUUUACUGCUAGCCGCUGUAUUUAAUUACAUUUGCUUUCUUCUUCUUCUGGAUUGGAUCUCUCUCUCUAUAUUUAUUUACAAUUUAUUGCUACUCUCGAUCGAUUGAAUCAUACUAUAUAUAUUGUACGUCCGUGUCAUCAAUUAAUUUGUAAUAGCUAUAUCUAGUACA